GCCUCAGCAAGCAAAACUGGCCCUGGCAUGAUGCUGUUGUUAUCAACAAGACGGACAGUGGCCGAGAACGCAGUGUGGCGUGCCCGAUGGUUUGGAAGUGAAGCCGCCAAUGGUUGCAGCGGGUCGUUUCCCGAUAUCCAUCUGUGACGCAAUCUUGACCAACUAUAUAACACCGGCUUAUCCAACACACCCCCACGCACGCAGACGCACCAGUCUUGCAGCAGAGCAUCUUCAUCUUCAUCUCCAUCUCCAUCUUCGUCGCAGUCUCCUUGAUCUCGGUCGAUCUCUAACGCGCCAAUCAUUCUGCCAUGGUGCACCCAAUCAGGUCUCUCAACAACGAGCUUGAUCAAGUGGAUACCGAGUCGAGAGGCUACCGCUCGUCCGACACAACGGAGGGAGCACCUUCCCACCCGGAACCCGAUGAUGAGUUCGACGAAAAAAAUUCCAGGCGGGGCACAUCUCGACACAAAAGCUAUGGCACUCAGCGCACUAACUUCUCGCGAAAUAAAAGCCACGGUACUCAGGGCACCGCACCAUCCCAGAAUCGGAGCCGUCGCAGUCAACCCCCAGACAUUGACCGAAACUUGAGUUACGACACUCAAGCCCAGUUCUCCGUGGCCGGGCGCAAUGCAUAUCAUGCCCCACUCGCUCAACGGGGUGCCUAUAUGCACCCUGACUAUGAGUCCUUGAACCCUCAAUAUGGGAUCCAAGGGGACAGGCCGGUAUGGAGUUUGGCACAACCACUUCCCCAUGUGGUUCGCGAUGGUAUGCGCUAUGGAGCCUUGCCGGAGGAUAGAAAGGAAGAGCGAGAAGAAGGACGAGAGGGACGAGAGGGACGAGAGGAGGGAUGGCAAGAGGGGCAGGAAGAGGAGCGAGAAGAGGAACGAGAACGACCACCUCCUGCGGCGGAUGAACCACCUACUGACAUGCCCCAAAAUGAGGUACCCCCCAAUGAGGCAGCCUUUUUCAACACCUGGUCCAAGAUCCGUUGGCAUCUCAAGGAGCCAUUGGGUGAGUGGUUAGGGACAACCAUUGCCAUCACUCUCGGUCUGUGCGGCGGGUUGGCCACCUACACAUCUCAAGAGCAGGCUGGUUCGUUCGUGUCCAUGAGCGCCUGUUGGGGGUUCAGUUUCAUGAUCGGUAUCUAUAUCGUUGGUGGAAUCUCUGGUGGCCAUCUCAAUCCCGCUAUUACCAUUCCCAUGUCUCUUUGGCGAGGAUUUCCCGCCCGCAAGUGUGUGAUCUACAUCAUCGCCCAGAUCAUCGGCGCCAUUACAGCGGGUGGAUUCGCCUACGCCAUUUACCAUGACGCUAUUAUGAAUCUAGCAGCCGAGACCAAGGUGCCACAGAGCCAGACUACAGCUAGUCAAGCGAUGCUCACUCUUCCGAAACAAUUCGUCAGCCCCGCCACGGCCUUCUUCAACGAGUUCCUCGGCACCGCAAUCCUGGUGGGGGCCAUCAUGGCACUGGGCGAUGAUUCCAACGCGCCACCCGGAGCAGGCAUGCAGGCCUUCAUCAUCGGAAUCCUCAUCACCGUUCUGAUUCUCGCACUCGGCUACAACACCGGAGGAGCCUUCAACGGACCCCGCGACUUCGGCCCUCGCCUCGUCGCCGUAAUGGCCGGCUGGGGCGGUCACUUAUUCACCGAAUACCAUGCCUGGUGGAUCUGGGGGCCGUGGGUAGCCGAUAUCUUCGGCGGAUUAUUCGGUGCAUUCAUGUACGAUCUGGUGGUAUUCACCGGGGGCGAAAGUCCCAUCAACUACCCGCCCCGUCGCCGCAAGCGCGCACUGUUGAUCAAAGAGAAGAACCUCCGCAGUAAGCUGCGCCUGGGGCGUCGGAAGAUCGGGGAUCUCGAACGCGCCGUGGAGGAGAAUCAGGAUUGAUACAUUU